GUUUAAAAUAAUUGUAGAUUUAUUAAACAUCCCGUGAAUUAUGACAUUAUUGUUGGGGUCAGUGCUGGCACUGAUUUGUCGGACAUACGAGUGGUGUCUCAUAGGACUCAUUGUGGCGGUGAUCGCCUAUUACUACAUAUUAUACUCAUCAGCAAAGCCUAUGCUAACAGUGGCCGACCCGCAGCUCAUCAAACAAAUUCUGGUCAAAGAUUUCAAUGCGUUUCGUAACCGACCCGCACCUUCCGGGCACGAUAGGCUGACUUUGUCCAAAGCUAGGGAUAAUUACUGGAAGAGGCUCCGGGCGAUAGUCAGCCCUACCUUUACGUCCGCAAAGUUGAGGGGAAUGUAUGCUCUGAUCAGCCAUUGCUGCGAAGACUUUCUCAAUACCUUAGAUAAGGAUGUGUCGAAUGGUAUGAAUGAAGUCGAGUUGAAGCAACUGAUGGGCGCCUAUACUAUGGAUGUGAUCGCCAGCUGUGCCUUCGCUACGGAAAUCAAUUCAUACGCCGAUCCUAACAACCCGUUCACUAUGAAUGCCUUCAAUUUCAUCAAUAUUCCUGUUUGGAAAGGGAUGUUAUCAUUGCUUUUGCCAUCAUUUAUAGUUAACUCUAAUAUAUACCGACGUGUAGUUAACGCCGGUAUAACUGAAAAGAAAUUUUUCGUAGAUUUAUCGCGAAGUUUACUAACGAAAAGGAGAGAUAAUAAAGAAAAACACAACGAUUUUCUGCAGUUAUUAAUGAAUGUCGAGAGACCUGAAGGAGACGUUCGAGAGGCCAGUGAUGCCAAUGAAGCACAUGAUGUGAAUGAGGGUAAGGAUGAGAUCACAGCCGAUGUCGAGGCCUUCACAGGAGUGUUGGAGAAGAAGUUGACUGAAGACGAGAUAUUAGCGCAAUGUUUCCUCUUCUUCGUCGCCGGUUACGAGACAACUGCCUCUACUCUGUCCUUCUGUUCCUAUGAGUUGGCACUCAAUCCGGGACUUCAGGACAGACUCUAUGAGGAGACCAAAGAGGCGUUCAAUGAAAAGGGAGAAAUCGAUUACGAAGUCCUAUCGGGGCUGCCAUUCCUGGACGCACUCGUAUCCGAAACUCUACGUAACUAUUCACCGGUAGUUAGACUUGAGAGGGAAGCCAUGGAAGACGUAAUGUUAGGCAACACUGGAGUUAAGGUCGAGAAGGGAAUGUCCGUCGAAAUUCCUGUCUAUGCCAUACAUCACGACCCCGACCACUAUCCGGAUCCAUUUACCUUCAGCCCGGAUAGGUUUAUGCCCGAUAACCGGGGUCACAUCCAACCCUACACUUACCUGCCUUUCGGAUCGGGUCCACGAAAUUGCAUUGGAAUGCGAUUCGCGUUAUUGGAGGCAAAGCUCGCGUUAGCUGUGAUCUCACAUUCGUUCCGCUUCUCCAGAGUCACGGACACUGACGUCCCGGUAGUGUUCAAUAAGGCUCAGCCGCCUUUCUGUCAGGCGAAGCGACUUGUAGUGGGCAUUGAGAAGCGAUAAGCUAUGGUUUUACACAAACAUAUUUAUACAGGGUGUACUAGUCAUUUGUCCAAUAAAAAAUGCAUAGGA